CCAUUUUUCAUAUUGUAAGCCACUAAUCUUGAAAGCAACGUCGAGGUAGGGGUACAAAUACAAAGAAAGGGCUCGGACAAAUGAAGAAGAAGGGGGUUACAUUCUCACGGCAACAAGGAGUAUGACUAUUUUAGUCAAUCUGAACCGCCGAUGACUUCUUCAUCAUAUCACUGUCUGUUCAUGAUGCAACUGGAUCGAGGGAAGUGGAAGGCUGAGGUCAUUAGAUGGUUGAGUAGUACCUUAUUAAUGCAUAAUAACAUAUCGGCCUGCCGGGAACCUCAAGAUCCAGGCAGUUAUAUGCUCAGAGGCAUCUGGCAGGCCGAUAAGCCGGACUUGGACGUUAAUAGGUACUGUAGUUUUUCACGCCAAUACCCACAAUGCCGCACAAUGCCGCGCCCGUGCAGGUAUAGUAGGUUCCAUCGGUUGGGUACUGAGCUGCAGUCAGGCGAAAACGGCAACAGGCAGGAUGCAGGAGGCAGGAAACAGGAAAGACUAGCAGUCUUGCGAGAAAUUUGUUUCACCCUUCUACCUCUCUUGGCUUGGACAGCUGGCAGACGGAAGGCACCAGCACCUAGCGUCCGAGGACAUACCCGCCCCCCGCUCCUGCCGGCAUAUUGUAUGUCGUCUCUAGUCUCACCAGGUCAACUCGUUGGAAGCCUAGCGGCACGGCCACCCUCCAACUGCAUGAUAGUCUGCAUCGGCGCAUCCCGCCAGCCAGUAGGACAACAUCAAGCCGUGUGCGGGCCAUGCACAUGCGGCUGUGGCAGCCUGAUGCCGAAAAAUGGGUAAGGGCUCAUUCGCCGACUGCGCAGUGAUAGGCCUUGUUGAUAUGGCGUGCAGCUGCAAAUGGUGUGCUCUCAACGCGGGAACUUCUUGCGUCGGAUAACAGACCGAGUCGUCAACUGCAUC